AUGGAUGAUUCAAGAAAGCCAAAGGCCCUAAGGCGCUCACCUGAGACCCCAAGGACGGGCAGGUAUUACUACUGGAACACACUGACUGAUCAAGUAUCCUGGCUGUCUCCAAUACAUCCACGGGCCGUCAUCACCAUCUCUACAGAAAAACUACACGCUGUGAUGCGUAACGACACGUUUGCCAAAGGUGAUUCUGACAGCGAUGAAAGUGAUGAAGAAGAGAUGGAAGUCAGUGAUGUAUCUGUGAUGCGUAACGACACGUUUGCCAAAGGUGAUUCUGACAGCGAUGAAAGUGAUGAAGAAGAGAUGGAAGUCAGUGAUAGUGACAGCUCCUCGUCUUCUUCCUCGGAUGAUGAAGAGUUUGAUCGCCGCCACGAGAAAGGUCGCCAGGCGAGGGAAAGGUCGGGAGGGAGACCAGGACGGGGUCGACAACGGGAUGACCUUGUCCCCAUGGAUCCUGCUGCUUACUCCGACAUUCCCAGGGGUGGUUGGUCGGCUGGUCUCGAACGCUCUGGAGAUGCAAAGACAGGUGUGGAUUCCACAGCUUCUGGCCCCUUGUUCCAGCAACGACCAUACCCCAGUCCCGGCGCUGUGUUACGUGCAAACAGAGGCUAAUAACUGCGUCAGGGUAUCGGAUUACCCCGGGGCAGAAUGUCACUGAAAUGUUCUGAAGAGUGCGCCUUAUUCAUUGUUACAUUGUGACAAAAAAACAAGGGAGAUUUAAACUAUGUGUUUAACUGUGUAUCAUGUUAAAUGGAAUCAACAAUAAAAACCUUUUCCUUUGCA